CUGAUAAUAAUCAUUUUCAUAAGAUUAUGUAAUAUGGCAUUCAUCCAAAAAUGUAGAAAGGUCAUGCCUAAUAAAAGCUCUCAUUUAAAAGCACAUUUACGGUGGCACUCAGGAGAACGGCCUUUUGUAAGAUUUAUAUCUUAUUGCUUAUUACUUAUUUACACCUUAUUAUUUAGCGAGAAUAUAUCAGCAUAA